AACCAAACGGUUGAUCUAUCAAUUGAAUCCACAGUGGCAACUCGACGCGUCGCGUCGAGUACGCGAGUUUGUUCUGAUCACCGUUCGCAAUGGCGAAGCGCAGGGCUGCCUCCAUCUCAAGCGAUGAUGAUCCUUCCACUCCAGAGGGCUCACAGGUAUCCAAGCGGGCGCGAAUGGAAGGUGACGGCGAAGUAAACGCGACGACGUCGAAGACUAGACGCGCACCGAAGGAUAAAGGAAAGGGCAAGGCGCGUAGACAGGAGGAAACGGAAGACAAUGAGAACGAGGAUGAGGACGAGGAUGAGGAUUUAGAUCAGGCUUCUCCAGAUGAAGAUGAAGAGAAGAAGUUUGAGGAGGAACACGAGGAAGAAAUACGCGAGAAACUCAUGAAUAAGGGCAAGACUCAGGGAGGAGUUGCUGAGAUGGGUAUUAUUGAGUCUCUAGAGAUGCACCAGUUUAUGUGCCACAAAUACUUGACGUUCACGUUCGGACCUCAAAUCAACUUCAUCAUUGGUCAUAACGGAAGCGGAAAGAGUGCAGUCUUGUCUGCGCUCACCGUUGCCCUGGGCGGAAAGGCAACCUCCACAGGCCGUGGAAGUGGUCUCAAGUCUUUCAUACGAGAGGGCCAACACGCUGCUGAAGUCACUGUCGUUCUGAAGAACCUGGGCGACGAAGCAUAUAGGCCGAAGGAGUAUGGAAAGAGCAUCGUCAUCACCCGAAAGUUCACCAAGGAAGGCUCCUCUUCAUACAAGAUCAAGAGCAAGGACGGCAGGGUCAUCUCCACUAAACGUGAAGAGCUCUCCGCUAUAUGUGACCAUAUGAAUAUCCAGGUGGAUAACCCUAUGAACAUCCUGACUCAAGACGCUGCCAGGCAGUUCCUGAGUGCUUCUCAGCCGGCGGACAAAUAUAAAUUCUUCCUCCGCGGAACGCAGCUCAGUCAGCUGAGCGAAGAGUACCAGACGUGUCUAGAGAACAUCGGACAGACCCAGAAGGUCAUGAAGCGCAAGUCUGAAUCCAUCCCGGAGCUGGAGGAACAGUUAGAAGAAGCGAAGGCACGAUUGGAGGAGGCAAAGAAGGCUCGUGAGCAGCGGCACAAAAUCGAUGAGUUGAAGAAGGAGAUGGCAUGGGCUCAUGUCGCCGCUAAGGAGGCAGAAUUGAAGAAACAGUGCGAAGAAGUUGCGAAACUGAAACAUCGUAUUCCCAAAGUUCAGCAGGACGUGGACAAACACGAUGCAGCGUUCAUUCAAGCUACUCGGGAAGUGGAAGCGUUCGAGAUGGACCUGACUGAGCUAGGAGAUAGGGAGAAUCUCGAUGCUGAGAAGAAUGCUUUACAAGCUCACAUGAAGGAAAACAGAACAAAGAUAUCUAAGUAUAAAGCUGACGAAAAGCAAAUGAGCGAGAACCUUUCGCGUAUCCGGACCACCAUCGCAGACUUAGAAGAGCGCAUCCAGAAAGAGGAGGCACGUGCUAACACCCAGGGAAAGCGCGAUGAGACGGCUCGCAGGUUGGAGGAGGCGCAUAUUGCAUAUGGAGAGGCAGAGCGGCGCCUGGAGAGUAUCACUGCCGAAAAGACCCAGAAGCAAGCCGAACAGCAGGAAGUUCACCGUAAGGGCAACAAGAUGAACGAGGACCGCGAAACACUCAGACAGCGCAUGAAUGACUGCCAGGGACAGCUUGCGCGCUGCGCAGAACGCGAGAGGAACAAGCUUGCACCAUUCGGCAACCAGAUGGAUCAGGUCCUCCAGGAUAUCCAGCGGACGCAGUGGUUCGGUAACAAACCGGUAGGGCCGCUGGGCAUGUACGUGAACGUGAAGGAUCCUCAGCAGUGGGCUGCGUUGUUCCGUGUGACGCUUGGAAGCCUGAUGAGUGCGUUUGCGAUCACCGAUCCGCGCGACCGUGCCACGUUGCAUAACCUGCUGGGCCGUUAUCGCAACAAUCCACAGAUUAUCAUCAGCGAAGUCGAUCUGUUCGACUAUAGCCGAGGAGAGCCGCCUCCGGAAAUUCCUACCAUGCUGCGCGCUCUCGAUGUCUCCGAAGAAUAUGUCCUGCGUAUCCUGGUCAACAACGCGCACAUCGAGAACACCGUGAUUGCACCAACUCGCAGAGAACUUGACAACAUCCUGUCUCAAAUUGGGAGGGGAACCGGGUUUUCCGCCGACCUGUACAGAGUGCAACGCUUUGAGGGCGGUGGCUCUUCCAGUCCACUUAACCAGCUGAGAAGGGACGACGCGCGGCACCAGCUCUUUACCGGUGACAGCCCGGAUGCAGCCAGGAUACGCUGGCAAGGCGAACUCGACAACGCUAACCGCCAAGUCGAAGCUCUCAACCGGGAUCUCCAGCAGGAAAGGCAGAAAUAUGACGCGUUGGGCCGUGAGAUCAAGUCCCUGAGCGAUCAAGAGGUACGGACGAACCAGGAGUUGCGAUCGUUGAAGACCGCGAGAGAUGCAUUGCAAGAAGAGGCCAAUGAGGCAAUGCCUGUGGAGAUCCAGGCCUUCAAGGACGCUAUUGCGGAAGCAAACGAUGAGAGAGAGUCUAUUAUCUCCCAGUUCAAGGCUAUAGAGAGAAGCAGGGCGGAGCUCGAUACCAUCCAGAGAUCGCUGCAGACGGAGCUCGAUUCCAAAAAAGCGAAGAUCCGUGACUUUGAGGGUCGUCGAGAAGACAUCACGAAAAGGGCCCAGGAUGUUGCGCAACGACGGAUCAAUGCACAGCACGACAAGGCUCAUUACCUUAAAAAGCUGGAAGAGGAGAAGCGGAAGGUUGCAGACGCGGAGGCCGUCGCAGAUAAUUUGGCAGAGGAGUUCAAGAACUGGACGGUGAAAGCAGAGCAAUAUUGUGGUAGCGAACGCUUCCCCAACCCUCGGCCCGUGGAGGAGGUCCAGCGAAUGCUGGAAGGUGUGCAGGCCGCGCUCCGCGAACGGGAAAAGAGGCAGGGUGCUUCUGUCGAUGAUCUAUCCAAUGAGGUAAAUAAGAGACAAGCCGCACUGGAGCUUUCCAAGAAGGAGUACAAGAACAUGGUCGUUUUGGUCAAGGCCUUAAAGAAAUCUCUCAGGUCGCGAUUGGCCAAGUGGCAUGAGUUCCGUCGUUAUAUCGCCCUGAGAUGCAAGGUCUACUUCCAGUACCACCUAUCAAAUCGUGGGUACUAUGGCAAGGUCUUGUUCGACCACCCACGCGGAACCUUGACGCUCAAGGUCCAGACGGACGAUCAGACCCUUACGCAGAACAACAGAGAGAAGGACCCUCGCUCGUUGAGCGGUGGCGAGAAGUCGUUCUCGACGAUCUGUCUGUUGCUGUCUCUUUGGGAGUCCAUUGGUUGUCCUAUCAGGUGUCUCGACGAGUUUGACGUUUUCAUGGAUGCCGUCAAUCGUCGCAUCAGUAUGAAGAUGAUGAUCGACACUGCAAACGCCUCGGACUGCAAACAGUAUGUGCUCAUCACCCCGCAAGACAUGACGAACGUCCAGUUCGGCAACACUGUGCGCGUUCAUCGCAUGUCGGAUCCUGAACGGGGACAGGGCGUAUUGUCAUUCUAACUUGGGGCGCUACUUCGUCCAUGGAAUAACUUAAUUCAUUCAGGACACAGGCUCUUCUCGACCUACGUUAAGAUGAUGUCACAUCUCUACUGCUAUCCUACUGCUUUAAUUCUUGCUAGGCAUUGUCUGUUGUACUUUUCCCACGUGCUAUUGUAUAAAGCGAGGCAAUAUGACGGUCCUGUUUUGAC